AUGGCUGGAGCUAGACUUUUGGCCGGGCUCACUUCCCCGUGGUCCGUCGGAUUUUCCAGUUUUGGCUUGGCUUAUGGAGCCUAUCAUAUUUGGGAGUUAGUCUUGAGGAAUAAAAUUUGAAUUUUUUAAAUUCGGUUUUUUAGCUCGACACAAUCUGGAUCGAAAUAUGAUUUGCAUGAAGAUUUGACCGGGAAAACGUAUAUUGUGACUGGAGCAACUUCAGGAAUCGGACAGGUAUGGGGAUUUUUUGGAUUUUUGAAAACAUUAUCCUCAGAAAUUCAAAAGAAGUUUUUUCAAAGCAAAACUUUCCACUGUUUCAAAAAUUGAUUAAUUUUUUGAAAUAAAAAAUUAGAAAAAAUGUGGUGAAAAGGCCAAACAUUUUUCCGCUAAAAUGUUGAUUGCAGGAAAAAACUAUAAGUCACGAAAUUUUCAUUCUGAAAACCCCCAAAAUCGUAAAUUUUGCAGUCGACCGCUGAAGAACUUGCAAAACGAAAUGCUCGUGUAAUCAUGGCUUGUAGAAAUCGUGAAAAAUGUGUACAAGUUCGUCGAGAUAUUGUUCUAAACACAAGAAAUAAACAAGUCUAUUGUCGACAAUGUGAUUUAGAAGAUUUCGAUAGUAUUCGAACAUUUGUGCAAAAAUUGAGUAAAGGAAAAUUCGAAUUGGAUCGAAUCGAUGGAAUUGUUCAUAAUGCGGCUAUGAUGAGCAAUGAAAGAAAAGUGAAUAAAGAGGGAAUUGAGAAAACAAUUGCGACAAAUCAUUUAGGAUCAUUUUUAUUGACUGGUUUAUUAAUGGAUAAAUUGUUGGAGCAGACGAAUCCGGUUCGAAUUGUAUUUUUGAAUAGUAAUAUUAUCGACAGAAAAUGCGAUUUGAAAUUGGAGGAUUUGAAUUCGGAACAUGCGAAAAAGUUUGAUGGAUAUGAAGUUUAUAAACACAGUAAAUUGGCAUCAGCCAUUUUUUCGAAAGAAUUAUCUGAAAGAGUUAAAGGUUUGUGAAUAAAUAUGAAGAAAAAACGACUUCUAAAAUUCUUUGAAUUUACAGACACAAACAUCUCAGUAAUCGUAGCCGAUCCGGGCCGAACAAAAUCCAAUUUAUCAGCUCAAAUGGACGGCCAAACCUUUUUCCUCAGUCGCUGGUUGUUGAAAAUUGUCAGUUUCGGAAUGGGCGAAAGACGAACCGAAAAAGCAGUUCGACCUGUUUUGUAUGCACUUUGUGAUCCGGAAACUAAAGAUGAAAAUGGCCUGUUUAUUGAGUGGGUUUUUUCUAGAUUUGGAAUUUUUUAGCCCAAAAUUUUGGACCUAACUAGUUGUAAAUUCCAGUCGCGAGCGACAUACUCAACCAUGGAGUGAGAUUGUGUUGAAUGAGGAAUCGAGAAAGAAUUUAUGGAAUGUCAGUGUUUCUUGGUCGAGAUUGGCGCAACAUUUGCAAAAGGUAUGCGGAACUAAAAACCAUGUUCAUUUUUUUUUCAAAAUUCAAAUAUUUUCCAGCUCCGCGAAGAUAUUGGCGACGCUGCCAUUCAAAUGUCCGAAACACCAACCGUCCAAAAUUCGGCUUCAGGAAAAUCGUGGAAAACUUUGUGGUUGUGGUAA